GCAAUGAAUAAUGUUGGAGAAUUCGCUGGUUUCUAGCAAAGGUACUCUUUUGUUCAAUGCAACGAAGAAAUAUCUUCACUACUUUCUUUUAGGAGGAAAGCAUUUUAAUUAAGCAUUCCACAAAUUGACCUUAGUCCCACUUUCAAUAUCUUUUAUCAUUCAGUUUGGUAAACGAACCGAAUAUGCACUAAUUUUCUAACAACAAAAUUUCUGAUAUGUUUGAUGGACGUUUAAUUGCAUUUAUACUAUUACUACUCGACUCUAAUGAUAAAUUUCGUCUCGAUUCACAAACAUCUGCUGUGAUGAAUGAAAUAGUCAAAUGUUGCUCUAAAAUUUUGCAAUCCAAGACAUUAAAUGAUAUUGAUGAAGAACUGGUUCAACAAGGAAAAAUUUAUUUAUAACAAAACAUAUCACUGUUCCAGGUAUAUCUGCUAUUAUGAAUGAUGCACUACUAACGAACAAAAUAAUAUCAAAAGUUUCAAACUGACUAAUUAUUAAUACUUAUUUAAAACCAAUAUUAAAAUUAUCCAAUUGCGCAUUUGAAUACGAAAAAAACACAGUAUCAUUGAAAACGACACUUCCUCAUUAUGAAGGUAAACAUCAUUGGCAUGUAUACAAAGAAGUUGGUAGUGAAUAUGAAAAACUCAUUCGAAAUAUGAGACAAACAAAACCUGUCAAUCAUAAUGAUAGUACUAAACGGCCUAAUAAUCGACAAGGUUAUCUAACUAAAAAACAUCAACAGUUUUAUCGUUAUAUAACAAAAUAUGAUGUGUCAUUAACAACACGUGAUAUUAGAGAUGAUAAUUUAAAAAUUAUUUUACCACAACGACAAAAAAUGAUCAAAAACAAACGCAUCAGAAUCGUUCAUUCUCAAAAUCAAUAA